AUGAAAAUAAAUAUUAUAUAUGAUAUCUUACGUUCUUUUUGUCACCUAGAACUUGCUGCUGUUGCCGCUCCCAAAUUGCCAUGUGAAAUUACAGAGAAGACUGUGGAAGAGAUUAUCAAAGAGUGGAAUACUGAGUUGCAAGAGCGUACUGGAAAAUUUAGGAAACAGGCUAAUGCUAUAGCUGAGUGGGAUCGCAGAAUUUUGCAGAAUCGUGAUGUUCUAUUGAGGCUUGAGAUCGAGGUGGCAAAAGUAGUUGAGACACAGUCAAACAUGGAGCGGCAAUUGGAGUUAAUUGAGACUCAUCAACAGGAGGUUGACAAGGCUUUACAAAGCAUGGAGGAAGAUGAAGCUGCUUCUACAAGAGAUGCAAUGUAUGAGCAGUCUGAACUGAUAGAAAGGGAACUAGAGCAGAUGACAGAACAGAUCAAAUUCAUGAUCCAAUCUCUUAACUCAAACCAGGGUGGAGAGCUUGAUGCACUUGAUGGAAUGACUCCAUUAGAUGCAGUAGUUCGAAUCCUAAACAAUCAACUAACCUCUCUGAUGUGGAUAGAUGAAAAGAAGCUUGCUAACCAAGGUUCUGCUUCAGAUCGUGAACUGACGGGUCCAAGAAUCUGGAUGUCCUGAUAUGUCGAUCUUGUAAGGACCUGUUCAAAAUUUAGAUGAAAUUCCAGCAGAUAAACACACGGAUUUGUGAGAGGAGGUUAUUGUGCCUUUUGUGUGAGAUUUGAGAUGAAUUGUUUGAGUGAUUGUUACCAUUAAAUUUUCUGCUGGCCUAAAUAUUAUUUUUUUUACAUAUACUGUUUUUAAAAGAAUAGAAAAAAAAAUAUAAAUACAUUUAAUAUCUAAAUAGGUAAUGAACAAAAUAAUUAAAAGAAUGAGAGACAAGCUUUUUCUUUUGAAAAGCUUAUGUUCUUUCCUCAACAUUUGUUAUCAUAGUAUUCUUGACUAUACAUGAGGAAAACUCAAGAAAAUC